GGAGGUGAAGAAUGAGACUGAUCUGAGAGCAGCUGACCGUCACCGCCCCUUCCUGUUGGAACUUUCGUUUCACUUUAAAACAACAACAACAACAAAAAUCUUUAGUUUCACUUUGUGUGCUCGUCGUCGUGUCGCAGUUUCUUCUCUCCAUCUAAAGACCUGGUCCAGACAGCAGAGAGCUGCAGAGUGAUGAAGUCCACGAGAAGAAACUGAGAGGCUGCAGGUUAUCACCAACAUGAAAAGGAUCCAUCAGAGACCAGACUCACCUGGACCUGAACCUGAACCUGAGCCCAGCUGUGUGUCUCCUGAGACCGACCAGUCACAUGAACAUGGCAUCGAUGUUAAAGGACAAAAAGUCUCUGCUGCACAUUUCCAGCAGCAGAGAGAAAAGUCCCCUGUACCCAGCUGUGUGUCCAUGAAGAGUGAUCGGUCUAUGGGUCGUUGGAUUGACUUCAAAGAUGGACUCCCUUCUUCUGACCUGCUUUUCCAGCAGCAGAGAGAAAAGUCCCCUGUACCCAGCUGUGUGUCCAUGAAGAGUGAUCGAUCUAUGGGUCGUUGGAUUGACUUCAAAGAUGGACUCCCUUCUUCUGACCUGCUUUUCCAGCAGCAGAGAGAAAAGUCCCCUGUACCCAGCUGUGUGUCCAUGAAGAGUGAUCGAUCUAUGGGCCGUUGGAUUGACUUCAAAGAUGCACUCCCUUCUUCUGACCUGCUAGUGGACCAGGAGAGCUCAGAGGUUCCCAGUGGUCAGUCUGCCCAGCAGCAUCAAACACACCUGGACUCCAUAUUUAUGCUGCUGGAGGAGAACAUCGUCACUUUUGUGAAGAACGAGCUGAAGAAGAUCCAGAAGGUUCUGAGUUCAGAUUACCCAGAAUGCUCAGAGAGUCAGAGGGAGGAUGAGGAGGUGUUGGAUGGUGAGGAUGAAGAGCAGAGGAGGAUGAGCAGAGAGGCAUUUCUGAAGAUCACACUGAACUUCCUGAGGAGAAUGAAGCAGGAGGAGCUGGCUGACUGUCUGCAGAGCAGAAGUCGUUCUGCAGUCUGUCAGCGUAAACUCAAAUCUAACCUGCAGAAGAAGUUCCAGUGUGUGUUUGAGGGGAUCGCUAAAGCAGGAAACCCAACCCUUCUGAAUCAGAUCUACACAGAGCUCUACAUCACAGAGGGAGGGACUGCAGAGGUCAAUGAUGAACAUGAGGUCAGACAGAUUGAAACAGCAUCCAUGAAACCAGACAGACCAGAAACAACAAUCAGACAAGAAGACAUCUUUAAAGCCUCACCUGGAAGAGAUGAAGCAAUCAGAACAGUGAUGACAAAGGGAGUGGCUGGCAUUGGGAAAACAGUCUUAACACAGAAGUUCACUCUGGACUGGGCUGAAGACAAAGCCAACCAGGACAUACUGUUCACAUUUCCAUUCACUUUCAGAGAGCUGAAUGUGCUGAAAGAGAAAAAGUACAGCUUGGUGGAACUUGUUCAUCACUUCUUUACUGAAACCAAGGAAGCAGGAAUCUGCAGGUUUGAAGAGUUCCAGGUUGUGUUCAUCUUUGACGGUCUGGAUGAGUGUCGACUUCCUCUGGACUUCCACAACAAUGAGAUCCUGACUGAUGUUACAGAGUCCACCUCAGUGGAUGUGCUGCUGACAAACCUCAUCAGGGGGAAACUGCUUCCCUCUGCUCGCCUCUGGAUAACCACACGACCUGCAGCAGCCAAUCAGAUCCCUGCUGAGUGUGUUGACAUGGUGACAGAGGUCAGAGGGUUCACUGACCCACAGAAGGAGGAGUACUUCAGGAAGAGAUUCAGAGAUGAAGAGCAGGCCAGCAGAAUCAUCUCCCACAUCAAGACAUCACGAAGCCUCCACAUCAUGUGCCACAUCCCAGUCUUCUGCUGGAUCACUGCUACAGUUCUGGAGGAUGUGAUGAAGACCAGAGAGGGAGGAGAGCUGCCCAAGACCCUGACUGAGAUGUACAUCCACUUCCUGGUGGUUCAGACCAAAGUGAAGAACAUCAAGUAUGAUGGAGGAGCUGAGACAGAUCCACACUGGAGUCCAGAGAGCAGGAAGAUGAUUGAGUCUCUGGGAAAACUGGCUUUUGAUCAGCUGCAGAAAGGCAACCUGAUCUUCUAUGAAUCAGACCUGACAGAGUGUGGCAUCGAUAUCAGAGCAGCCUCAGUGUACUCAGGAGUGUUCACACAGAUCUUUAAAGAGGAGAGAGGACUGUACCAGGACAAGGUGUUCUGCUUCGUCCAUCUGAGUGUUCAGGAGUUUCUGGCUGCUCUUCAUGUCCAUCUGACCUUCAUCAACUCUGGAGUCAAUCUGAUGGCAGAACAACAGACAACAUCCCUGUGGUCUAAAGUCUUCAGAGACAAACAGAAUCUGAACUAUCUCCACCAGAGUGCUGUGGACAAGGCCUUGCGGAGUCCAAAUGGACACCUGGACUUGUUCCUCCGCUUCCUCCUGGGUCUCUCACUGCAGACCAAUCAGAAACACUUACGAGGUCUGCUGACACAGACAGGAAGUAGCUCACAGACCAAUCAGGAAACAGUCCAGUACAUCAAGAAGAAGAUCAACGAGGAUCUGUCUGCAGAGAGAAGCAUCAGUCUGUUCCACUGUCUGAAUGAACUGAAUGAUCGUUCUCUAGUGGAGGAGAUCCAACAGUCCCUGAGUUCAGGACGUCUCUCCACAGAUAAACUGUCUCCUGCUCAGUGGUCAGCUCUGGUCUUCAUCUUACUGUCAUCAGAAGAAGAUCUGGACGUGUUUGACCUGAAGAAAUACUCUGCUUCAGUGGAGGCUCUUCUGAGGCUGCUGCCAGUGGUCAAAGCCUCCAACAAAGCUCUACUGAGUGGUUGUAACCUCUCAGAGAGAAGCUGUGAAGCUCUGUCCUCAGUUCUCAGCUCCCAGUCCUCCAGUCUGAGACACCUGGACCUGAGUAACAACAACCUGAAGGAUUCAGGAGUGAAGCUUCUGUCUGAUGGACUGAAGAGUUCACACUGUACACUGGAAACUCUCAGUCUGUCAGGCUGUCUGAUCACAGAGGAAGGCUGUGUUUCUCUGGCCUCAGCUCUCAGCUCCAACCCCUCCCAUCUGAGAGAGCUGGACCUGAGCUACAAUCAUCCAGGAGACUCAGGGGUGAAGCUGCUGUCGGCUGGAGUGAAGGAUCCACACUGGAGACUGGACACUCUCAGGGUGGAGCCUGGUGGAGUCCGAUGGUUGAGACCAGGUCUGAGGAAGUAUUCCUGUGAACUCACAAUCGACACAAACACAGUGAACAGACACCUCAAACUGUCUGACAACAACAGGAAGGUGACACGUGUGGAGGAGGAUCAGUCGUAUCCUCAUCAUCCAGACAGAUCUGACCACUGGACUCAGCUGCUGUGUAGAACUGGUCUGACUGGUCGCUGUUACUGGGAGGUCAAGUGGAGAGAAGACGUUUCUAUAUCAGUGAGUUACAGAGGAAUCAGGAGGAGAGGAGACAGUAAUGACUGUCUGUUUGGAUGGAAUGAUCAGUCCUGGAGUCUGAGCUGCUUUAAUGGUGGUUACACUGUGUGGCACGAUAACAGAAAAACACACAUCUCCUCCCCCUCACCCUCCUCCUCCUCCUCCCCCUCCUCUGUCUCUGGUAGAGUAGCAGUGUAUGUGGACUGUCCUGCUGGCACUCUGUCCUUCUUCAGAGUCUCCUCUGACACACUGAUCCACCUCCACACCUUCAACACCACAUUCACUGAACCUCUUUAUCCUGGGUUUUGGCUACUGUCACCUUGUUCCUCAGUGUCUCUGUGUUCUCUGUAGGAGGGAGAGUCUCCUCCUGUUAGAGAAACUUUCUCACUGCUGAACAGAUAGUUCAGUCUGUACAGGAUCACACACAGCUCUCUCAUUCUGGACUUCUGUUGCUGAAACCUGUGUCUUUUAACUCCAUGAUGGAUUUUAGUCAUCGGACUUGUGGAUUUUAAACUUUUUGGGAAAAAGAGCUGAGCUAUAGCCCACCUUGCACCUUGCACCUUGCACUUGAGAAACUGAUUUACAUGUUACACGGUACUGUUACACUGUACUUUUACAGACUUAAGAAGAAAAAGUUGAGCUGUGACUGUUACAGAGUGACCGAGUUACAAACUGUUCUGUCAUGUCGGCUGUGUGUGAGUCGUGCUUUCCUACCUUUUCAAAGCUGAAAGAAGACAUUGCAGAUCUGCGGACAGAUCUCAAAGAGAAGGACAAACUCCUCAUGGAUUUCUCAGCUGUCGCCUCGUCCCAGGCAAAACAUAUAACACUCCUUAAGUCCUCUGGUUACAGAAACCGAAACAUGUCCACAAACGACACCACUUUACCAUGGACUGGCUCCAUCAACUGAAUUUCCAGCGCCUGUGACAGCUUCUAAAGAAAGACUUCAUCCACCUGUUGGACUGCCUGCUUGACACUGGGAAACAGGUAAUUGUUUCCGGCCUGUUUCCCCCACCUCGCUUCGGUGACGUCACCACCAGCCAUCUCCGCCAACUCCAUUUGUGGCUGAAGGGCUACUGUCUAAGCAGGAAUGUUCCCUUUGCUGACAACUUUACUAGCCUCCUGAGCAGACCUUGGUUGUUUGGCAGGGACGGUCUGCAUCCUAGCCGAGAAGGAUCACGGCUCUUAUCAAUUAAUAUUGAUCUAACUGUGAAGUCCUGUCGAACACCCACCUCCGCUUGACUGACAGUAAACGCAUCCAACUGUGUGCACUCACCCUCUUUCUCUCCCCCCUCACUUCUGGACGCUAUUGCUGACCACAGCGCCCCCUUCCAGCUUCCAAUGGCAGCACCACUUUCACUGGCCCUCCCCUCAAAACCUACUAAUUGUUAAAGCUCAUUGAUUUCUGUUAGCACAAAUAAAAGGGUCUCUGUUCAUAGACCCAUCCCAAAUUAUAACAAUCUGAUCUGUUAUAACCCCCCUCCCUCCCCCCCCCACCCCCAAAGUGACAGUCUGGGGCCCCAGGAGACACGUCUGCAUGAUUCGCUGCUAAGAAGGGAGACAACGAACUCCCCCUCACCAGUGACCCACUGGGCAGUGGUAAGAGCUGAUGUCGAUUAGGAGAUUUAAUUAUCUUAAUCUUAAUCUAGGACUCCUUAGAUAAAUAUUUUGCACAUUCCUGCUUUCUGGUUUAUCUUGACAUACUCUCUCACUAUCGCCAAAUUAAAUAACCCACACGAGUGUUACUUCUUGUUUUAAUCCAUUCAUACAUACUGUUGAUUUUGUGUUAUUUCAUAUUAUCCUCAUUCAUUUAUUCAGUUGUUACCCAUUUAGCUUGAAUAAAUUUUCAUUUAUCGCCA